AUGGACAAAGAAGCAACACUCUACGUUAUCGACCUAGCCAGGUCCAUGGGCGAGGAACACUCUGGACGAAGCAUCAGUGAUCUUGAGUGGGCUCUCCAGUACGUUUGGGACAAGAUCACAAAUACCGUGCUUACGGGCCGUAAAACCCUCCAAAUCGGUGUCGUCGGGUUUGGGACAGACCACACCUCCAACGACUUGCAAGACGAUGACGGUUACCGCAACAUUAGCGUUCUUCAACCCAUCUCACAGAUCCUGAUGCCUCAGCUGCAAGCAUUGCCAGCCAUGCUACGGCCCAGCAAGACCGAUGAUCGCGAUGUCCUAUCCGCCAUCAUCGUUGCCGUUGAUAUGAUGGCGAAGCACUGCGGGACUCUGAAGUACAAGAAGAAGAUUGUCGUGAUCACAAAUGCAACUGGUCGCAUCGACGACGACGAUGUGGAAGACACUGCCAGCGAGUUUAAGGGCAAGGGUAUUGAACUGGUGGUCUUGGGCAUUGACUUUGACGACCCGGAGUUUGGGUUCAAGGAAGAGGACAAGUCGCCAGUGAAAAUGCAGAAUGAGAAAAUCUUGAAGACGCUGGUAGAUUUGAGUGGGGGUGUCUAUGGAACGAUGCAGGAGGCCAUCGAUGAACUCUCUCGACCAAAUAUCAAACCCGUCAGACCUACUCCCACCUUCAAAGGCCAGCUGAAACUGGGCGAUCCAGAGCACUACGACACAGCACUCUCCAUCGACGUCGAGAGGUAUUUCAAAACAUCCAUCAAGAGGCCGCCGACCGCUAGCGCAUAUGCCGUCCGCGACGCCGCGCUGCCCGAGGAAGACAUGAGCGCCGUCCACAGCCUGUACAAGUACAAGGUCAAAGACGAGGAAUCUGGUGGAGGCACGCGAGACGUUGAGCGUGACGAAUUAGCCAAAGGCUUCGAGUAUGGUCGCACUGCAGUUGCAAUUUCAGAGUCGGAGCAAAACAUCACCAAACUUGAGACACAAGCAGGAUAUGAUAUUCUGGGGUUCAUUCCCGUGGACAUGGUGGAACGCUACAUGAUUCUCGACAAUUCCAGCAUGAUCGUUGCACAAAAGGGCAACGACAAAGCUGCCAUUGCCCUAUCCUCGUUGAUCCAUGGCCUGUAUGAACUCGGAUCGGUCGCCGUGGGUAGGCUCGUCAAGAAAGACAUGUCAGAGCCCAUUAUCACACUCCUAUCACCUUUUGUCGAAACUGACUUCGAAUGCUUGAUCGAGAACAUUCUUACUUUUGCAGAGGAUGUCCGAUCUUAUCGAUUUCCGCCUGUCGACAGAGUCCUUACGGUUUCCGGAAAGGAGUUGACGGAGCACCGCAACUUACCCUCAGAAGAGUUGUUGGAUAGUAUGAGUGAAUUCGUUGACAGUAUGAGCCUGGUGCGUGGUGAUGAAGAGGAAAUGUGUAUAGACGACACGUUCUCUCCAGUUCUGCAUACUAUCGAAGGGGCGAUCAAGUAUCGAGCGGUGCAUCAGACAGACGACAUUCCAGAGAAGUCAGAAAUGUUCCUUGCAUACUCGAGGCAGCCCGAGGAGCUCCAGGAGCAGACUAAAGGCGCGCUGGCUCGAUUGAUUGCUGCUGCGGAUGUCAAGAAGGUCCCGCCCAAGACCAAAGGUCGGAGGAAGUAUCGGGAAACCGAGAAGCCCUUAUCCGGCCUCAAUGUUGACGACCUCUUCCGCAAACAGAACCGCACUCAAAUCUCUCCAGACAAUGCCAUUCCGGAGUUCAGACAGAUGUUAGAGCAAUCUUCCGAUCUGAACUUGGUGAAAGAUGCUGUCCAACAGUUGGCGUCAAUAUUGCAGGAUUGGAUCCUCCGCAGCUUCGGAGACGCGAACUAUGACCGAGUCCUGGAAGGUCUGGGAGUGAUUCGGGAAGAGAUACUGGGGUUUGAAGAACCAGCCUUGUACAACGAAGUCCUGCGCGACCUCAAAAAGAAGCUGACGGCUGGAGAGCUAGGUGGCAAUCGAACCGACCUGUGGUACCGAAUCCGCGUCACCAAACUUGGUUUGAUCGCCAAUGACACCUCGCCGUCUUCAGAUGUCAGCCGGGCGGAUGCCGACACAUUCAUGAGUCUGAAGGGCUAA